AUGAAGCUGAUUCAGACCGUGAAGCGCCGAAUGGGCAACGAUGACAAGAAGACCUCAGCCACCCGGACCGGAGCCACCGGUAGUGGCAGCAGCAACAGCAGUGGAAGCGGCUCAGAUCCAGCUGCCAAGAGCAAGGCCACACCUACAAAUUCGAACGGAAGCCGGGCGGCAACGGCAAAGCCGGCGACGGAGUCGUCCAACUUUGCGGCCAUCCCGAAGCUUCGCGAGGCACCGCCACAGGAGCGCACUGACCUUUUCCGCAAGAAGAUGGAGGUGUGCUCCGUCGUUUUUGACUUUCACAAUGACAACAAUCAGAAGGAGAAGGAGGCCAAGCGCCAGACACUCUUGGAGAUCGUGGAGUACGUCAACAACACACGCAACUGCUUCAACGAAGCCCUGAUGCACGACGUGGUUAGCAUGGUCGGUGCGAACAUUUUUCGAGCCUUGCAGACACGCAACAAGGACCCGCUGGCGUUCUCCGACCCCGAAGACGAUGAGCCCUCUCUUGAGCGAGCAUGGCCCCACUUGCAGAUCGUGUACGAGUUUUUCUUGCGUUUCGUCGUCUCCAACGAUGUGGAUCCGAAGAUCGCCAAGCGCUUCGUCGACCAAAACUUCAUGCUGAAGCUCUUGGAGCUCUUUGAUUCCGAGGAUCCACGCGAGCGGGACUAUUUGAAGACGAUUCUGCAUCGCAUUUAUGGCAAGUUCAUGGCCCUCCGAUCCUUCAUCCGACGUGCCAUUCAGCACGUUUUCUUCAAGGUCAUUUACGAAUCUGAGACUCACAAUGGUGUCGGUGAAUUGCUCGAGAUCUUGGGCAGCAUCAUCAACGGCUUUGCUCUUCCAUUGAAAGAAGAGCACAAAGACUUCCUGAUCAAGGCGCUCAUCCCACUGCACAAGGUGAAGUCGCUGGCCUCCUUCUACCAGCAGCUGUCGUACUGCAUGGCGCAAUACGUUGAGAAGGAUCCGCGCCUGGCCUACGACAUCAUCACGUCCAUGCUGCGCUACUGGCCCGUGUCCAUCACCUCCAAGCAGGUGUUGUUCCUCAACGAGCUUGAGGAGACCCUUGAGCUGACGCAGCCACCAGAGUUCCACCGCAUGCAGGACGUCCUCUUCCGCCGCCUUGCACUCUGCAUCACCUGCCCCCACUUCCAGGUGGCCGAGAGGACCCUGUUCUUCUGGAACACCGAUUACAUCGUCAAGCUCAUCAACGCGAACCGGCAGGAGCUGUUCCCGAUCAUCAUCGGUGCUCUCUACAAAAACUCGAAGCAGCACUGGAACAGCGCGGUUCAUGGCUUAACCUUCAACGUGCUCAAGCUGCUUAUGGAGGCAGAUCCUCAGCUCUUCGAUGAGUGCUCGGCCAAACAUCGUGCCGACGAGGAGGAGGAAGGGCGCCGUGAGCAGGAGCGAACACGAAAGUGGCAAGUUCUACAGGAGAUGCAUGACGCGAAGGCGAAGGUCUAG